UAGAUGUCUCUUCUGAGAUCUUGGCUCUUAUAUUUAUGGGAGAUGUCCACCUGCAGCAAGAAAAGUAUUAGUGUCCAUGCAAACAUGCGUGGCUUGUCAAGGAUCACAUGCACAGACAGUUCACACUUACUCCUAAACCCUGCAUGGCCACAGAGUAAAAAGGAUGUGUGAUGCAUUAUAUGAGGAGAGCACCGGCUCAGGAUUGUGAUUUCUGUGAUCUCUACACUAACAGCAAGAUUUUUAAAAAUUACAUAACAUUUCUGAGUUUGCCUUUUCUCAUUUGUAAAAUGGAAACAAUCAUAGCUACCAAAGACAAUUGUUCUGACAAGUAAAAGAACAAAUUAUUUUAAGCGUCAUACACAGCGUAGGGUACAUACGGUACUCCACACAUCUUAGUCCCCUUCCUAUUUCAUACCUGUCCUUACUUUAAAGGAGAUUCCUUUGACAUAAUCCAAAAAGCAUGGUUACAUAACGAUCACAUGGAAAUGUUAAGAGAAAUAUAAGGUUUCAAUGAUGAAUUAACUGCUGUGUCUCUACUCUGUUUUGGAUAAGAAAAAGUAAAACAAUCGCUGAAGCAGUUUUCCAGGGUUUGUAAAAGAAAACCAUCAAAGCCACCACCUCAUUUCGCUUUAUUUCAUAAACUUCGCCAUCCCAUUUUUUAUGUUGUAUGUUAAUUUCUCAAGAAAAAUAGGCCCGGCACCGUCUCUGCGUGCAACCCUGCUGGUCUGGCCCAGGCGCGGGGCGGGGCCAGCACGAUGAGCGCCCCAGGCAGCCCAGACCAGGCCUACGACUUCCUGCUCAAGUUCCUGCUGGUGGGCGACAGCGACGUGGGCAAGGGCGAGAUCCUGGAGAGCCUGCAGGACGGCAAAGCCGAGUUCCCGUACAGCCACCUGGGGGUAAUCGACUACAAGACGACCACCAUCCUGCUGGACGGCCAGCGGGUGAAGCUGAAGCUCUGGGAUACUUCGGGGCAGGGAAGAUUUUGUACCAUAUUCCGCUCCUACUCUCGUGGUGCACAAGGAGUGAUCCUGGUCUACGACAUUGCAAACCACUGGUCUUUCGAGGGUAUGGAUCGAUGGAUUAAGAAGAUCGAUGAGCAUGCCCCUGGUGUCCCUAAAAUCCUGGUGGGGAAUCGCCUACAUCUGGCAUUCAAGAGGCAGGUGCCCAGGGAGCAGGCCCAGGCCUAUGCUGAGCGCCUGGGCGUGACCUUCUUUGAGGUCAGCCCUCUGUGCAAUUUCAACAUCAUAGAGUCUUUCACGGAGCUGGCCAGAAUCGUGCUGCUGCGGCACAGGUUGAACUGGCUCGGGAGGCCGAGCAAGGUACUGAGCUUGCAAGACCUCUGCUGCCGCACCAUCGUGUCUUGCACGCCUGUGCAUCUGGUAGACAAGCUCCCGCUCCCCAGUGCCUUAAGAAGCCACCUCAAGUCCUUCUCCAUGGCUAAGGGCCUGAAUGCCAGGAUGAUGCGAGGCCUCUCCUACUCCCUCACCACCAGCUCCACCCACAAAAGGAGCAGCCUCUGUAAAGUGAAGAUCGUCUGCCCACCCCAGAGCCCACCCAAAAACUGCACCAGAAACAACUGCAAAAUUUCUUAAGGAAGGCACCAAAAGGAAACAAGCUGGAAUCGCUCCAAGAAGAACUGAAUGGUUACACCUGGAAGAGGGAAGAUGCAUUCCAGAUUGAAAGAAAUAACGUUUUCAGUUUCUCAUGGGAACAGUGCUGCUUGGGAAUGUGUGUGAUGCCUUCCGUCAAUAAAAGCACUUUAUGCAGUUUGACUUUGAAUUUCUACGUGGAUGUGCAUGUGUUUAUAAAGGGAAAAUUAGUACUUUGCUCAACUCUUGAUAACAGGAAAUUUUGAAUGUUACUUAUAAUCACACUGCAUCUUUUUCCUUAACCACUUUUGUAAGAAUGGUGAUAUGGCAGUGAUGAGUAUAAAUUCAAGGGAAUUUGAGAUGCAAUGAUAGUGAGAUCAUUCUGAGUCAUUGAUAUUACAAGAGGGGCCUUUUUGUAUACCUCCUUUUUGAUGUCAAAGCACCAAUUUAUAAAACACUGCAGAUGCAUAUACAGAUUAUAUGUAACAGAUCUGUCCAGUUUGU